AUGGAGGCGCCGCGCGGGCGCGGCGGGCUGGCGGCGCUCUGGUGCCUCGGGCUGCUGGGGGGCCUGGCGCGCGUCGCGGGCACGCACUACCGCUACCUGUGGAGGGGCUGCUACCCGUGCCACCUGGGCCAGGCCGGCUACCCCGUGAGCACCGGCGACCGGAGGCCAGAUGUGGAUGAGUGCCAGGUGCACAACGGCGGCUGCCAGCACAGGUGUGUGAACACACCCGGCUCCUACCUCUGUGAGUGCAAGCUCGGCUUCCGGCUCCACGCGGACGGCAGGACGUGCCUGGCCAUCAACUCCUGUGCCGUGGGCAAUGGCGGCUGCCAGCACAGCUGUAUCCAGCUCACGGUGACCCAGCACCGCUGCCAGUGCCGGCCCGAGUUCCAGCUCCAGGAGGAUGGCAAGCACUGCGUCCGGAGAAACCCGUGCACAGACCGGAACGGUGGCUGUAUGCACACGUGCCGGGCGCUCCAGGGCCUCGCCCACUGCGAGUGCCACGCGGGCUACCAGCUGGCGGCGGACCGCAAGGCCUGCGAAGACGUGGAUGAGUGUGCCACAGGCCUGGCCCGGUGUGCUCACGGCUGCCUCAACACUCGUGGGUCCUUUAAAUGUGUGUGCAACGCAGGCUAUGAGCUGGGUGCCGAUGGCCGGCAGUGCUACCGGAUUGAAAUGGAGAUUGUGAGCAGCUGUGAGGCCGACAACGGCGGCUGCUCCCAUGGCUGCAGCCACAGCAGCUCGGGGCCCGUCUGCACCUGCCCCCGUGGCUACGAGCUGGACGAGGACCAGAAGACGUGCAUUGAUGUCGACGACUGUGCCGACUCCCCGUGCUGCCAGCAGGUUUGCACCAACAGCCCGGGCGGGUACGAGUGCAGCUGCUCUGCCGGCUACCGGCUCAGCACCGAUGGCUGCGGCUGUGAGGAUGUGGACGAGUGUGCCUCCGGCCGAGGUGGCUGUGAGCAUCACUGCGCCAACCUGGUUGGCUCCUUCCAGUGCUCCUGCGAGGCCGGCUACCGGCUGGAUGAGGAUCGCAGGGGCUGUACCCCCCUGGAGGUGCCCGAGGUGGGCCUGGACGGCCACCUGCCCCUGGUGCGGCCCCUCCCGCCCAUCACAGUGCUCCAGGACCAGCUGCCCCACCUCUUCCAAGACGACUACUUCGGGGCCGAGGAGGAGGAGGAGGAGGAGGGGGAGAAGGAGGUAGAGGCCCGGGGCGAACACACACUGGAGGAGAAGUUUGUCUGCCUGGACAACUCCUUUGGCCCCGACUGCAGCGUGACCUGCGAAGACUGCAGGAAUGGAGGGACCUGCCUCCCAGGGCUGGACGGCUGUGACUGCCCUGACGGCUGGACCGGGCUCGUCUGCAACGAGACUUGUCCUCCCGACACCUUCGGGAAGAACUGCAGUUUCUCCUGCGGCUGUCAGAACGGCGGGACCUGCGACCCUGUGACGGGGGCCUGCCGCUGCCCUCCGGGCGUCAGCGGGGCCCACUGCGAGGAUGGCUGCCCCAAGGGCUUCUAUGGCAAGCACUGCCGCAAGAAGUGCCACUGUGCCAACCGGGGCCGGUGCCACCGCCUCUACGGGGCCUGCCUCUGCGACCCAGGGCUCUAUGGCCGCUUCUGCCACCUGGCCUGCCCCCCAUGGGCCUUCGGGCCGGGCUGCUCAGAAGAGUGCCGGUGUGAGCAGAGGAACACACGUGCGUGCGACAGGAGAGACGGCCGCUGUGCCUGCAAGGCGGGCUUCAGGGGCGAGCGGUGCCAGGACGAGUGCGAGCCGGGCUUCUUUGGACUGGGGUGCCAGCAGGCGUGUACCUGCCCCCUGGGCGUGACCUGUGACCCCGUGAGUGGCAAGUGUGGGGAGCAGUGUCCUGCCGGCUACCAGGGCGAGGACUGUGGCCGAGAGUGUCCGGAGGGGACGUUUGGCCUGAACUGCUCAGGCUCCUGCUCCUGUGGGGGAGCCUCCUGUGACAGAGUCACAGGGCAGUGCCUGUGCCCGCCUGGGAGGACGGGUGGUGACUGUGGGGCAGAUUGUCCUGAGGGCCGCUGGGGGCUCGGAUGCCAGGAGAUCUGCCCGGCCUGCGAGCACGGUGCUGCCUGUGAGCCUGAGACCGGAGCCUGCCUGUGCCGUCCCGGCUACACGGGCAGCCGCUGCCAGGACCCAUGCCCGGCAGGCUGGUUUGGGCCCAGCUGCCAGACCAGGUGCUCCUGUGCCAAUGACGGGCACUGUCACCCGGAGACGGGACGUUGCAGCUGUGCCCCUGGGUGGACCGGCCUCAGCUGCCAGAGAGCCUGUGACAGUGGGCACUGGGGACCUGACUGCAGCCAUGCCUGCACCUGCAGCCCAGGCCACGGGAGCUGCGACGCCGUCAGUGGCCUGUGCCUGUGUGAGCCUGGCUACGUGGGCCCGCAGUGCGAGGAGCGGUGCCCCCAGGGCCACUUUGGGCCGGGUUGUGAGCGGCAGUGCCAGUGUGAGCACGGAGCAGCCUGCGACCAUGUCAGUGGGGCCUGCACCUGCCUAGCUGGCUGGAGGGGAACCUUCUGCGAGCGCGCCUGUCCGGCCGGCUUCUCUGGAGUGGACUGCCGCCAUGCCUGUGACUGCAGCCCCGGGGUCCCCUGCGAUGCCGUGAGCGGCUCUUGCCUCUGCCCUGCUGGCCGUCGGGGCCCCCGCUGCGCCCAGACCUGCCUGGCCCACACGUACGGUCACAACUGCAGCCAGGCCUGCUCCUGCUUUAAUGGGGCCUCCUGUGACCCCAUCCAUGGGCAGUGCCGCUGUGGCCCUGGCUGGACUGGGCCUGCCUGCCUGCAGGCCUGCCCCGCUGGCCUCUAUGGCGAGAACUGUCAGCAUUCCUGCCUCUGCCAGCACGGGGGCACCUGCGACCCUGUCUCAGGUCACUGCACCUGCCCGGAGGGCUGGGCCGGCCAGGCCUGUGAGAUGGAGUGCCUCCCAGGGUCCUUUGGAGCCGGCUGCCAGCACCGCUGCACGUGCCUCAAUGGCGGCCUCUGUGACCGGCACACAGGCCGCUGCCUCUGCCCGGCCGGCUGGGCCGGGGACCAGUGCCAGAGCCCCUGUGCCGAGGGCACGUUUGGGGUCGGCUGUGAAGAGCGCUGUGCCUGCCGGCAGGGGGCCACCUGCCACCACGUCACCGGGGCCUGCCUCUGCUCCCCGGGAUGGAGGGGCUUGCGGUGUGAGAACGCCUGCCCACGGGGCCGGUUUGGAGAGUCCUGUGCCCAGCGCUGUCAGUGCCCGCCUGGUGCCGCCUGCCACCACAUCACCGGGGAGUGUCACUGCCCCCCCGGCUUCACAGGGCCCGGCUGUGAGCAAGCCUGCCCGCCCGGCACCUUUGGGGAGAACUGCGGGCGGACGUGCCAGUGUCCCAGCGAGACCCAGGCCUGCCACCCUGCCUCGGGGGCCUGCGCGUGCGCUGCUGGCUACCAGGGCGCUGGCUGCCGGCAACGGUGCCUGCCAGGGCGGUUCGGACCUGGCUGUGAACAGCUGUGUGGGUGUCUCAACGGGGGCUCCUGUGACCCGGCCACAGGGGCCUGCCGCUGCCCUGCUGGGUUCCUCGGGACAGACUGCGGCCUCGCCUGUCCACAUGGCCGCUUUGGCCCCAGCUGUGCCCACGUGUGCAGGUGUGGGCAUGGGGCGGCCUGUGACCCCGUGACCGGCACCUGCACCUGCCCCCCGGGAAGGACCGGCAUCCACUGUGAGCAUGGCUGUCCCCAGAACCGGUUUGGAGUGAACUGUGAGCACGUGUGCUCCUGCAGAAAUGGGGGUCUGUGUCACGCCGCCAACGGCAGCUGCUCCUGUGGCCUGGGCUGGAUGGGGCCGCACUGCGAGCUGGCCUGCCCCGCAGGGCGCUACGGCCCUGCCUGCCGCCUAGAGUGCUCCUGCCACAGCCAAGGCACCUGCGAGCCCGCUACGGGGGCCUGCCGCUGCGGCCCCGGCUUCUACGGCCAGGCCUGCGAGCACUCCUGUCCCCCCGGUUUCCACGGGGCUGGCUGCCUGGGGACAUGCGCAUGCCAGCACGGAGCCUCCUGCCACCCUGUCAGCGGCCAGUGUCUUUGCCCCGCUGGCUUCCGUGGCCAGUUCUGCGAGAGGGGGUGUGAGCCUGGCUCGUUUGGAGAAGGCUGCAGCCAGCAGUGUGACUGCGAGGACGGGGUGCCCUGUGACCCCGUCACGGGCCACUGCCUAUGCCCCCCGGGGCGCACCGGGGCCACCUGUGACCUUGGCUGCAGAAGGGGCUUCUUCGGGCCAGGCUGUGCCCUGCGCUGCUCCUGUGGGGGUGGGGCCGACUGUGACCCUGUCAGCGGGCAGUGCCACUGCGUGGACGGCUACACGGGGCACACGUGCCAGCAGAGUGGGCCCUCCCAGCUCCCGGAGAGCCUGUCCCCAGACCUGAGCCCAGCGGCCUCUCAGCCAGCGUCUCCCAGACCAGCGCCCGGGCUCGGCAGCAGCGCAGAGGCGCACUAGCUCAGAGGCAGCCCCCACUGAGGCCCGCCUCCCAGGAGCCGCAGAGGGGGCCCCGGGGCUUAGGAGGCGCCUGCCAAGGGGUGCGGUGGGCCAGGACUGUGGCCCCGCCCUGUCUCGAGGCCUGUGGACAGGCGUGCAGCCUCCGGCUCCUCAAGGGUGGUCUUGCCACGAGGAGGCAGGCCCCACCUUGCCGGGAUCUGCCCGCCCAGGGCGUGGACCACGGGGCUGAGGAAGCCCCGCCCCUCCCACCGCCCUGGGGCAGGGCCAAGGGCAGGUGUUGGGGCAGGUGCGGGCAUGAGGCCCCUGCCCUCCCAGCAGGUUCUUCUGGUGCUAGGCCCCGGGACAGCUACCGCCCAGCCCGUUCACCAGGAAACACAGCCGGGCCGUGUUUAUGUGAUUUAUGGGCGGCCCGACUACAGGGUUGCCCGUCUCCUGCCCCAGGACGCCCUGACUCGGGGCAGCGGGCUUCGGUACCAUGUGAAACCAGUAAGUUAAGAAAGGAGCAGCUGCUUCCUCGAGGCUGUGCGUCUGCUGCUUUGUGCGGGCUCUGCGCGGUGGCCUCCCAGGCAUGCUGGCACGAGGCGCUGGGACAGGAACCUCUGCCUGACCACUUGCCCUGCUCCUCCCUGGGGACUGAGGUGCCACACAAACGAAGUUGGGGUUUAUCCUGGUUCCAGUGCUCUAGAGGGGCGUGGUGCCCCGAGACCAAGGAGUGCUGGCUCCCAGAGCCUGCGUGUGGGAAGCAUGGCCCCAAGGGCAGGGGUGCUGCUGGGGGCAGCCUGGGAGACCCCCCAACCCCCACUCCUGCCCUGUCUUCAGGGCAGAGCUGAUGAGAGGGUUGGACGCCGUUUGUCACACCGGACAUUUAGGGUCGGGGCUGUAGCCCCCCUCCCCUCCUCUCCAACAGUGCCCAGGCAGCUUAAAUCCCCCAAGGGCAAAGGACCUCGUGGGGCAAAACAGGGCGCAUUCAAGUAAGCCCCGCCCCCUUAGCAGACAACUCGUGAACACCCGGUAGCAGAGGGCGUCGAAUCGCUGGGCCACCAUGUGAAGACUUUGAAGUACGUAGCUGUGAUCAGUGUCCCGGAAGGAGUAAGGGAUGCGGGUGGUAACGUGGUGCAGGAAGAGGCGGUUCGAGAGGGACCAUCGUGAGGAAUGAGGGUGGAGGGCGUGGGAGCUGGAGUUGGCGGAGGCGGCAGGAAUCCGGCCGAAUAAGGGGUUUCCCAGCUCAGGACGCUCCCGGGAGGUGGCAGGGAGGCUGAGAGAGAGGAAACACGAAGGGACGGGGCAGUAGAAAUGGACGAGGCAAGUGUGACACCCAUGUGUCUGAAGUCCCAAAAAAAGAAGGUGAAAACCAUUGAUGUGAAGCAGUGAGUUCUCAAGUCCAAAGUUGGAGGAUCUCAGAUCGAAAAGCACUCCAAGUGCAAAGAAAAUUAAACAAAAUUUAAAAAGCCACAGUCAGAAGAAUUUAAAGAAUAUCAGUGGCAAAGAGAAGUUUUAAAUUAACCAGAGAGAGAGAGCAGGAAUCAGCGUGAUGUCAGGCUCUGCAACAGGAGCACUGAGAGCGGCCGGACGGCGAUGCUCUGUUUGCCAGGUGUUGAGGAAACAGUGUGGAAACUUGAAUUUCAUGACCUUGAAUUGUGUGUCCCGCUAAACUGUCACUGGGAAGCAAAGUCGGCGUCCUUCUCAGCUGUCCGAGGCCCCAGGCGGCCCCAGACGAGAACCAGGCUUGAAAACACGCUUAGAGGAAGUUUCCCGGCAAGAAGAGAAAGCAUGAGAUGGUCCCUGUGUUUCCCACGCGGCCUCGGAAUGAAGAGAAUCAAAAUAGCCACGCUCACCAACAGCAGGAGCGGCCGGCAGGCCUGCCCGCCCCGCAGCUGAGCCUGGUGCAGACAGAGGGCGAUAAGAUGGCGUGACCUCCGCAGAAGCACCGGUAGGAUGUCUGACUCUUAAACGAAGGAAAUUUCAUCUCUCCGACGUUCAGCAGGGAAAGAGGAAAAACAAAGCAGAAUAAGAAAGCAGGUUGAAGCCUAGUGUAAGCAGUUGCAGGGGCUCAAGAACCAGAUGGCCGUGCAUUAAACGUCCUUCAACAGCACUUUGUUUAUGAAAGGCGUCCCCAGAGGGACAGAAACGCAAGCAUGCACGGUGAGCGGGAAGACAGCUGGGCUGUGAGUCCUGCUGUCUCAGGGUGGAAGGCAUCACACGCGGUUGUCUGCAAGCGACACCCGAUGCCCGCAGCAGUAAAGGCCGAGAGACUCACAGAGCAGCGGUGCAUGCGGCGGCGGGGAGUAACCGCCCUGGCGGUUUCAGUGUGCCCUCUACAAAACCGACACAAAACCCAGACAUGCGCGAUGGUGGCGUUGUCGUGCCCCGACACGUGCGCGCUCCGUGUCUGCACGCCUGUAGUCGUGUAUUUAUAUUCGCAUAUAUACGCAUCUUACCUUCACGCUUAUGAACUUUACGCUCAACAAGUGGGAAAUACUGGAACAUUUAACCAAGAGUCUUUCCUUGAAGAGUCAGGAAGAGGAAAACGCCAGCAAGAUUGAUGAUUUUUUUUAAACGUGAAGCAAGAAAAAAAAUUACAAGAGGGUGAACCACAGACAGAGAACAAGGCAAGAGAGAGAAUGCUCCGAACCACGAUGAGCCAGUAACUUUGAAAACGUAGAAAAACGAGUAAGUUUUGGGAAAAUAUGAAGUGCCAGGAUGAGUGUAAGUAGAAAUACAGACUUGAAUAAACCAGUAACUGAAGUGAACGCAGUAGUAGUCACAGCUCUGCUCCUGCCCCGCGGUCGCCUCCCACGUCGCCACCCCAGUGACUCCUGGGACAGAUGUUGGCAGAGGUGGUUGUGCGCGACAUCCAGGACCCCGGGAACCUGACUGAUAGAGUUGCUCCAGAAACAAUAAUAGAGGACACACGACGACCUUUUCAUGGGGCCAGUGCCACCUGGGCUCUGCCACCUGGGGGGGUGGGGGCGGUGGGAGAAAAGGUUACAGACUCCGUGUGUGUGUGUGUGUGUGUGUGUGUGUGUGUGUGAGACAGCCCUGAGGGGAACACGAGCUACUCACGUAGAAAUAUUUAAAAAAAACAUCGACUGGAUCCAGCGGGGCUUGGACUUGACUGAAAUGUAACAGUUUA